UCGGCGAAAGCUUCUGUCAGAAAAACACCUGAGGUGUCCUCCCUGCUCUACCAGGAAGGGCGAAGACUCUUUUGCGUUGAGAAGGAAUUCAGGGGACAGUGGGCGCAACGCGGAACCACGAAUGUGCACAAGCGCGGGAGAAGCAAGGGUACAGUCGGGGCUCGUCCUCCCGACCAAAGGCCGCGUUCCUCAAAGUGAACUUUCUUCGAGUUUGGCACUGUGCGCCGCCCCACACCCCGUAAUUUUGCUUCGCUCGGAGGAACCUGGGUCCGUACAGCGUUAUGGCCGCCUACAGAGUAGAGGCACAGCUCUGUGGUGGAGCAAGGAGAGGCAAAUUGAACGACAAGCCGAUGUGCGAUGCGCUUUACACCAGCUCAGGAGCAGAAUAUACAGCACCCAAAGAAGUGAUCCAGGUUCCCGGAGCUCUGCACGGGUUGUCCAGCCCACUGUCUACUUACCAACGACUGUCUUUUCAGCCCAACGCUUCAUCAGUUUGCAUAAUAUGGCGAUUCGGUACUGGGACGACGGCAGGCCUGCGCUUGCAUUUAGGCAUGCGCGGCUCGCGCGAGACUUGCUGAAGGCUCAUGGUUUACCUUUUGGCUGUGUCGGGCACUUGAUGAAAGCCAUGAAGGAUCUUCAAAGGCCGUACGCCGCCGUCGAGAGGCGGAUUCAUGCAGCGGCCAAAGCGAAAAACAGUUCUGUCCGGGCGCACUUCGACCUUGCGCAGCUGUUCUUCGCAAAGCGAAUGCUCGGCUCCGCCGGUGGGUGGUCAAGACGAAAUGUCUGCAUGUCGUCUUCGUGGGUGCCGUGUCGGCGAGUCAAUCUCUCCUGAGGACAAGCAGGAGCGCAACUCGAUUCACGCACAGACGCAACAGUUGGCAUGUGUGUCGGUCUCUGUACUCCUAGUC